AUGACGACGUCUGAAGUAUCGUUUAAUCGCAAAAUAAUAUCAGAAGAUUUAUCGAAUGUUGAAUUCGACACAAGCGAAGAUGUGGAAGUUAUUCCUACAUUCGAUUCAAUGGGCCUACGCGAUGAGUUAUUACGCGGCAUAUACACCUAUGGUUUCGAGAAACCGUCAGCUAUACAGCAAAGAAGUAUUCAGCCCAUAGUAAAAGGUAGAGAUGUCAUAGCUCAAGCCCAGUCCGGAACCGGCAAAACUGCAACAUUUUCCAUCUCUAUACUACAAUCCCUCGACACGACCCUCAGGGAGACCCAAGUACUUGUGCUUUCUCCAACACGAGAAUUAGCCACGCAAAUUCAAAAAGUCAUUCUUGCGUUGGGUGACUUCAUGAAUGUUCAAUGCCAUGCUUGUAUUGGGGGUACUAAUCUUGGAGAAGAUAUCAGAAAAUUAGAUUAUGGUCAGCAUGUUGUGUCCGGAACACCUGGAAGAGUUUUUGAUAUGAUAAGGAGACGUGUGCUACGUACCAGAUCAAUAAAAAUGCUCGUACUUGAUGAAGCUGAUGAAAUGUUGAACAAAGGAUUCAAGGAACAGAUAUAUGAUGUUUAUCGUUAUCUACCACCAGCAACUCAGGUUGUGCUUAUCUCUGCCACCUUGCCUCAUGAGAUACUGGAGAUGACAUCUAAAUUUAUGACUGACCCCAUCAGAAUUUUGGUCAAGCGUGAUGAAUUGACAUUAGAAGGCAUCAAACAAUUCUUUGUGGCAGUAGAGAGAGAGGAAUGGAAGUUUGAUACCCUAUGUGACUUGUAUGACACCCUUACAAUCACUCAAGCGGUCAUAUUCUGUAACACCAAAAGGAAGGUUGACUGGCUCACCCAGAAAAUGCAGGAAGCUAACUUUACAGUAAGCUCUAUGCAUGGAGACAUGCCUCAAAAGGAAAGGGAUAACAUUAUGAAAGAGUUUCGUUCUGGACAAAGCCGCGUUCUUAUCACAACCGAUGUAUGGGCCAGAGGUAUUGAUGUGCAACAGGUUUCAUUAGUUAUUAACUAUGACCUGCCAAACAAUCGUGAGCUGUAUAUACACAGAAUCGGUCGUUCAGGUCGGUUUGGACGUAAAGGUGUCGCCAUCAAUUUUGUUAAAUCUGAUGAUAUCAGGAUUCUAAGAGAUAUUGAACAGUACUACUCGACGCAAAUUGACGAAAUGCCAAUGAAUGUGGCAGAUUUAAUA